CCACAAUUGCUGACUUGAGUUGAAAAAGCAUCUGAUUCGUGUCUGGUCAAAGCCUGCAGGGAACAGGCAUCUGUGACUCAGAGGCCACUGCUUCAGUACACUGCACAAGGAUGAAUUUCAAGAUUUUCCACUAAAUGAACAAAAAUACUGGUAUACAAGUUAUCUGAAGAAAGAGUGGUGUGGUCUCAUUUUUAUUAUUUAAAAAUGGAUAUAUUGGAAGAAAAAAAUGCAAUCAAAGAAAUUUUGUUUUUGUUUUUUGUUUUUUGAGACAGGGUUUCUCUGUGUAGUUUUGGUUCCUGUCCUGGAUCUCGCUCUGUAGACCAGGCUGGCCUCGAACUCACAGAGAUUCUCCUGGCUCUGCCUCCCGAGUGCUGAGAUUAAAGGCGUGUGCCACCACCACCUAGCUCAAUCAAAGAAAUUUUAUAAAGGCUCUCUUGUCACCAUUGGUCACCUAUAUGGAUUUGUCAUUGUUGUCUCUGGAUUUAGAAUUGUGACUGUUUCCAGUAUAACAGUCAACUCAGUAUUUUAAACUACUGAGCAACUGACAUCCUUCGGGGCUACAAACCUUUGUGUAUCUAGUUAUUUGUGUCUGCCCUCACAGAAAGAUUCAUGGUUAAAAUAAAUUCAAGAACCUAAUAUGAGUUCAUUUGUAUUAAAAUUAGUUAGCUGAAAGAUACUUUAAAAACACAUUCUUAAAAGUAUUCCAGAUGACUUCCAGGGCUAGUUCCUACAAACACUGAAAAGUGAAAAUUUGAUUGUCCUUGGGAAAAGUCUAUUUGAAAUAAUGUAUGUCCUCCAAAGGAAUUAUUUUUUAAAAUUUGCAUAUUUUGUAGCCAAUGAAUCUCAAAAUAUGAGCAAGGAAAAAUGUGAAAAACCUUUUAUGUGUUGUUUGCCUUAAGUUAUGUUUAAACGGCGCAUAUUUUUAAAAUACACAAAACUCCAAAAACAAAACUGGUGACGCCCUCCCCACGUCACAAAGCUGUGACUCUGAGGCCAUGGUGCAGCAGCUAAUAGAAAUCUUUGGCAUACAUCUAUUACCUAUGGGAAUAACAGAACUAUUUGCUGCAGACAUUGGCAAAAGGAUACAAGCACAUGGCUUUGGGUUACGUUCAGCACUGCCAGUUGUAUAAAGUUUCUGGAUCGACUCCACAACAGUGGCCACAACUCAAAACCAGAAAGACAAUGUAAAUUACAUCUCCACUGUAACAUUUUCCAAGCUUGUUUCAAGUCUAAGCUAGUUUCUCUUGCUGCUGCAUUUUUCAGGGACCCUGGAAAAUUCCCUUUGGAAAUUAUUUCACCUGUGAGUAACAUGCACAAGUAUGAUCCUUGGAUAGAGCUGUGGUCCAGAGAACUAUACUCAAUCUGAUAACAGGCUGAAGCUGCUUCCUCCUUCAGGUUUUCUGUUUGUAGGGGGAUUAAAAGUGGCUAAGGGAGACAAGGGGAGUCAUAAAUCUGAGCUAGACACGCCAUUUAAUCCCUCAGCCUUUUAUACAGAAUCAAAGACAAUACAGAAACAGGCAUGUACAUUUGGAGAACUAGAAUCAAGAAUAGCGUGCCCUAAAUAAGUGAGAAUUAGAAAAACACUUGUAAAUAUGUCACCAUGGGAGGCUAUAAGAAAAUAUUGUUUACAUUUUUAAAAAGGUUGACACCGAACAUGCUUCUGUUCUUCCUUAGUAAUCAAUAAAUGUAUAAAAAGUUAGACAAAUAGGAAAGUAAGAAUGGAGGAAACGGACAAAUAUUCGAGCCCAGCAUUUCUCACCACAAGUCAACAUUCUCCUCUACUCAGUAUUACAGCUUGUUUUUUCAUAACUUUCCUUAUAUAAAGUAGAUAUCUAGGCUGCCACUUUGGACUGACCCACAGCUAUGUUUAGAACAGGCCAUCAUCAUUAAAGGAAAGGACACUUAAUAUUGGGCUCUUUGUCCUCAAGCUAGUCAAAUUUCAUUCUGAUAGACUGGCAUCAUCUAGUCAUUUCAUUUUUCUUGACUUUCAGGUCUGUUCCAGUUUUUUAGAUUUCUCUUUAUUAUUUUCCUAAAUUUCACUUCUGAUAAGGAACUAUCCUUUAGGGAUUCACAGGAUCUCAAGGUGAGGAAGCCGGGACUUUUCUGCACAGCUACUGAAUAGCAUCUCCAUUUUUCCAUGGGUUUCUCAGGGUUGAAAGGAUAUUUUAUGGGCUGGGGAUAUAGGUCACAAGAAAGGCACUUGCCUAGCAAAUUCAAGGCCCUGAGUUCAAUCCCUACUAUUACUAUAAAUAAAUAAAUCAGAGAGGACAUCUCAUAAGAAUAAUGCAAUAUAUUACAUAAUGUAAUAUAAUAAAAUAUUGCCAUUUCAAACAUGCCAGGGAAGAAGCACAGUGAGCCCUGGUUAAAAAGCUAAAAGAAAUUAAAACACAGCUUGAUUGAUAAUUUUUUUUUGCACAAGUAUGAGGACCUGAGUUCAAUUCCCAAUAUCCAUAUAAAAAGCCAGGCAUAGUGGUGUGCCCUUGUAAAUCCAGUACUGGACAGAUGAAAGUUUCUGGAACUCAUUAGACUGCCAGUCGGCCUGGAUCUGGGAGCCUCAGAUCACUGUCCCAAAAAAUAAGAUGAAUAGCUACUGAGGAAUGACACCCAAGGUUCAGGCCUUCACAUGGACUUACGUGCGUGCACACCCACACACCCAGGUACACUCAUCCAUAUGCAAUAACUUCUCCCUCCACAAACAAAGCACAGAAAUAAAAACAAAAACUCUAGAAGAAGGGAAAUGAUUGAACAUUGGAUAUAUUAGAAGAAUUUCUCAAAUUGAAAGUCCCUAUUUGAGGUAGAUAUCAAUACAAUGUUAACCGUGUACAAGUUUUCAAAAAUUACCUCAAAACCGAGUUAUUACCACAACUUUCCCAUGUGUUGUGAACCUGCCCUUCCCCUAAGAACUAGACUCGAAUCUGUCCUAUGGUUACUGUAUAGGUCUUUGUUGAAGAAAAAACAAAAUGCAAGUGAGAUUGAGUUUGUAGGUUUUGUAUGGUGUUCCUUAAAUCCUGCCUUCUCAGAAGACUCUCUGGGACUUCCUUUCAACCCCCAAGUAGGUUUCAGAUCUCUGCAUUGGAGUGUUGAGGUAGCAAUCUGUUUUUUUGCCCUGGAUAUAAUAAACUCCAGUCAUAAAAGGUGGUCAAGUAGAAUAGCUAGAAAAUCAUUCCUACAUCUCUGUAUAGGUCUGUAAAUAAGUAAAGUUGCUAAAUUGCAUCUUUCAACAGUCAACUAAGUAGAUUUCAUUCUGUGGUUACUUUUCCUCUUCAUUGUGUAUCAGUUAUUUCUACUCCUGAUUCUUACAUAUCCUUUAUGAAAUGUUUAUUGACUUUCUUCAUUUUAUAAAUGUUUUUUCUACUUGCAGUUUGUUUUUACAUCUGCUUGACUACCCAGAACAAUGUACCAGGAAGCCUUUUGCAAAAAUUUUCCCAUGUUGCUUUAUUGUAAGCUAGAUUCUGAACAAGAACUAUCUUUUUUUUUCCUGCUGUAAUAUUGUACAUGGUACAUGUAAACUACACAUUACACUGAACUCUUCCCAGUUUGUUGAAACAGGGUCUCACUGUGUAUCCAUGCUGACCUGGAACUUGCUAUGUAAACCAGGCUAGCUGGCCUCAAACUCACCAGAUCCACCUGACUCUGCCUCCCAUGUGCUGGGAUUAAAGGUUUGUGCCACCAUGUCUACCAAAUUCAUCUUAAUACAGUUUCAAAUCAAGAAAAAUAGCAAUGGUACAUUAGAAUUCCUUGUAAGUAUCUCAGAAAUAUCUUCUAUUUUUUUCUGCGUAAACAAUGAAGUGGACUAUACAAAGCUAUAUAAAACCCACAGGACAUGUUUUUACAUUAAAUUUCUGUUUUGAAAAAAAACAAUAACUUUUACAAUGUUAACUAAAAUCAUUUCAAUAACAUUUUGAUGCCUAAACAGAAAGAUAACCAAACAUCACUUUCCAGCAAGGGGAAAAACAGUUUCUAAGAACUGUAAUUUUCAAGAUUGCAUUACAUGUUACUUAGGUCAUUUUUCCUGACUCAUGUAACAAUUGGGUGCCUCCUUUAUAAUUCAGGAGGAAUUUGACAGGAUGGCAACCUCUCCUACCCCAAGUUUUCAGACAUACACAGCACAGUGGUCUCUGCACCUUGAACGGUGUGACUGGAGCAAGGCACCCACUUUAGUACGAGGUUUGACUCUAGAAAAACUCCCCAUGUUCCUUUGCAGUUUAUUAAGGCCCCUGGUAGUUAUCCAAAUGAAGAACAUUUAGAAGGUCCUGAUCUCAGGUAUAAAGUUCUAGAGAGCAAAGACCUACUAUGUGGUGUGUGUGUGUGUGUGUGUGUGUGUGUGUGUGUGUGUGUGUGUGUGUGUGUUCAUACUGCUUUCUGCUACUGAGUUGUGCCAUGGUCUAAUAAGAUCUGGUUUGGAAUUAGAAUGGAAGAAGAGAGAAAGACAUCUCACAAAUGUUGAAACUCCCCACAAAAAGAAAUGCUUAUAUAUUUUAAGUUUCUGAUAUUAAUACUCCCCACACGGCAGACACUGAACUUACCACUGCUCUUGAGGGUGAAAGAGAGAAGUACAAUGAGGCAGACAGCCUAUAAAUUAUAGCCUUGUUCUAUUGCAUGCCUAUGAUGGGCCCACAAGUUCAACUUCAAAGCUUACUAACACUUAGAUAGGAGGUAUAUGUUACACCAAAAAAAAAAAAAAAGAAAGAAAGAAAGAAAGCGCAACAAAAUACAGUUAUGAGAUAAGAUUUUAAGACUGGUCAAGGAGUGUUUACGUAUUCUCCCCAGUGGCAGUGGUAAGGAGGUGGGUAUGUAAAGUGACUACAAGACCCAGACCCAUAGCUGGUUCCUCAAAGCUCCUAUAAAGAAGACUGAAUUUUAGUUUGUUUCUGCAACUUUUGUGUAUGCCUUCUGGAACUCUUGGCAGUCUAUGUUCCAGUUUUGGUAAAGGAAUUCAUGGAGUUCAACCAUUCCUUGUGUUGGGGGCAUUUUUUAGAGUGGUCAGGGAAGGUUAAUAGCACCUGUGUUGCCAAAUAAUAGACUUGCAUUAUGUGAAUGCUUACCCAUGGGAAUAGUGUCCUCAGAAAUAUGUGAUGUGUUUCAUCAUUUUAACCCUCACAUGCUACUGAUCUCUCUUAAUCUAGUUAUUUGUGUAGCACACAGAGCUACGUUUGCAUGAGCUGAGCCACUUUAUAUGCAGCAGAGAUCCUCCAGGGAGGAGGCGGAUUUCACAAUGCAAUGGAUACAGAGGUUGAAGAUAAAACAUUGCAUAUUCUCUCAAAAGGAACUGAAGUACCAAUGGAUUCUCUGAUCCAAGAGCUCAGGGCUGCAUAUGAUUGCUCUAUGGCAAAGAAGAGGAGAGCUGAAGAGCAGGCACUGGGAGUGCCAGUUAACAAGAGGAAAUCUCUAUUAAUGAAACCCCGACACUACAGCCCAGACAUGGACUGCAAAGGAAACCCAGACAGCAGGAAUGAGGAUGAUGGCCUCUUAGAAACGAAUGAUCACUCCACUGCAGAGGGAAUCAUGGUAAAGCCCAUGGAUGAGACCCUUCAUUCACCUGCACAAGAAAACUCACUCCAGAAGGAAGACCAAUACAUGUGUUAUCCAGAGCUCAUGGUUAAAUCUCUAAUGCACUUAGGCAAAUUUGAAGAAAGUGUGACUAUGCAGACCAUAAAUGAGAACUUAAAUGACAGUGGCAUCCAGUCUUUAAAAGCAGAGAGUGAUGAGGCAGAUGAAUGCUUUAUGAUUCAUUCAGAGGAUGGAAGAGACAAAGUCCAUAGUUCCCAGCCACCUUUCUGCUCUUCUGGUGAUAGUGAAAGUGACUCUGACAGUGCAGAGAAUGGGUGGGGCAGUGGCUCCAAUUCAUCAGAAGACACUGACCCUCACGGAGCCCACAGACACAAGCUGACAUACAAUAAAAAGGACCUGUUGGAGGUUUCUGAGAUAAAAGCUGAAGGUGACAAAUUUACCCCUUGUGAGAACAGGUGUGGUUCUGAUAUUGAUGGUAGAGAGCCACAGAACUCCCACAUGGAACCCUUGGCUGUCAAAGCACAGCCUUCGUUCCCAGAGGCUGAAGAUGGUGAGAGCCUGGUCCCAGUUUCAGAGGAGCCUGGAGAAAUGGAGAAAGCGAAGGGGAACCUGAGUUUGCUGGAGCAGGCUAUUGCUCUACAGGCUGAACGUGGUUCUGUCUUCCAUCAUACCUACAAGGAGCUGGACCGCUUUUUCCUGGACCACCUGGUGAAGGAACGGAGACAAACCAAGGUUACUGAUGCCAGUGGAAGACAAAUCUUUAACAAUAAACAUUCACCAAGGCCUGAAAGGAGGGAGGCCAAGUGCCCCAUCCCUGGCUGUGAUGGCACAGGGCACGUAACUGGGCUCUAUCCCCACCACCGCAGUCUUUCCGGGUGCCCCCACAAAGUGCGAGUUCCUCUGGAAAUUCUUGCCAUGCAUGAGAAUGUGCUCAAGUGUCCCACCCCAGGAUGCACAGGAAGGGGACAUGUGAACAGCAACCGCAACACUCACAGAAGUCUUUCCGGUUGUCCAAUUGCCGCAGCUGAAAAGUUGGCAAUGACACAGGACAAAAGUCAAUUUGAUUCUUCCCAAACUGGGCACUGUCCUGAGCAGGCUCACAGGACGAAUUUGGUGAAGCAAAUUGAAUUUAACUUCCGCUCACAAGCCAUCACCUCUCCAAGAGCUGCUGCAUCAAAAGAACAGGAGAAGUUUGGGAAAGUACCAUUUGAUUAUGCCAGUUUUGAUGCACAAGUUUUUGGUAAACGUCCUCUCCUACAAACAGGACAAGGACAAAAAACACCACCAUUUCCUGAAUCAAAGCAUUUUUCAAAUCCAGUGAAAUUUCCUAAUGGGCUGCCUAGUGCUGGCGCCCACACACAGAGCACAAUCCAUGCCAGCUCUUAUGGCCAUGGUCAGUGCAGUGAAGACACCCACAUAGCAGCAGCUGCUGCCAUCCUGAACCUUUCCACCCGCUGCAGGGAAGCCACAGACAUCCUUUCCAACAAACCACAGAGCCUGCAUGCCAAGGGAGCUGAGAUAGAAGUGGAUGAAAAUGGCACAUUGGACUUAAGCAUGAAAAAACCCCGAAUCCUGGACAAGUCUAUACCCCCAACUUCCCCUCACACUACAAUUACAACCCCGUCUUCUUCCCCAUUCAAAGCAAGCAGCCUUCUUGUUAAUGCUGCAUUCUAUCAGGCUCUUUGUGACCAAGAAGGCUGGGAUGUGCCCAUCAACUAUAGCAAAACCCAUGGAAAGACAGAGGAGGAGAGAGAGAAAGACCCUGUGAACUCCCUUGAAAAUUUAGAGGAAAAAAAGUUUGCUGGAGAGGCCUCUAUUCCAAGCCCAAAACCCAAGCUCCAUUCAAGAGAUCUCAAGAAAGAGUUAAUCACCUGCCCAACACCAGGAUGUGAUGGAAGUGGCCAUGUCACAGGCAACUAUGCAUCUCACCGCAGUGUGUCUGGAUGUCCUCUAGCAGACAAGACUCUUAAGUCCCUCAUGGCUGCCAACUCUCAGGAGCUUAAGUGUCCAACCCCAGGUUGUGAUGGUUCUGGGCAUGUGACUGGAAACUAUGCUUCCCACAGAAGCUUGUCUGGUUGCCCUCGUGCAAGGAAAGGUGGCAUCAAAAUGACCCCUACCAAGGAAGAAAAAGAAGACUCUGAACUGAAAUGUCCUGUAAUAGGAUGUGACGGCCAAGGUCACAUAUCAGGUAAAUACACAUCACAUCGCACAGCUUCUGGCUGUCCUCUGGCUGCCAAGAGACAGAAGGAGAAUCCCCUCAAUGGGGCCCCUCUCUCCUGGAAACUGAACAAGCAAGAACUCCCCCACUGCCCCCUGCCAGGAUGCAAUGGGCUGGGUCAUGUAAAUAACGUUUUUGUCACCCACAGAAGCUUGUCUGGAUGCCCUCUCAAUGCACAAGCUAUCAAAAAGGUCAAGGUCUCUGAAGAACUAAUGACCAUCAAGCUCAAAGCAACUGGGGGUAUUGAUGGUGAUGAAGAAAUUAGGCAUUUGGAUGAAGAAAUAAAGGAACUGAAUGAAUCCAACCUUAAAAUUGAAGCAGAUAUGAUGAAACUUCAGACCCAGAUAACAUCUAUGGAGAGCAACUUGAAGAGCAUAGAGGAGGAGAACAAGCUUAUAGAACAGAGCAAUGAGAGUCUGCUGAAGGAACUGGCAGGGCUCAGCCAGGCUCUCAUCUCCAGCCUUGCUGACAUCCAGCUGCCACAGAUGGGGCCUAUCAAUGAGCAGAAUUUUGAAGCAUAUGUAAAUACUCUCACAGACAUGUACAGCAAUCUGGAACGGGACUAUUCCCCAGAAUGCAAAGCUCUGCUGGAAAGCAUCAAGCAGGCGGUGAAGGGCAUCCACGUGUAGGAGGGCAGCAUGCAGGAAGCAGAGGUCACCACAGCAGUGAGUUCCAGCUGAUCCACAGGGGCCUGCAAACCUGGAGCCUGGAGACUGCCCCCUGCAAUUAUAAUUGCAACAUUGCACUAAUUUUUCCCCAACUGACAUAAAAAGGAAAAAAAAAAACUAUGAUAAACUCUUUGGAUUAAAAGCAAUGCAGUCAAUUAUUAAAUCUCAUUUAUUUUCAUACCUUUUUCUUUUAUUUCUUCAUUGCACUCUUUAUUUUGUAAAGUAUAUGUAAAAUAAAUGUGACAUUUUAUAUUUUAUUUAUUACUAAUCAAAGAGUUUUUUAUCUUUUAACUGCAUUUUGAAGUCUACCAUAUUUUUACAGGUGUGUUUAUUAAUUUAUCUUCUAAUAGGAUUUAAAUAGAAAUGCUGUUCUCAAAUCAUACAUCUUUCUGGGUUUAAAUGGAAAAAAAAAAGUGUGAAGGAAAUCCCCGUGUCAGGACCGCACUACGGUCAAGUCUGGUUUCUACUGUGCGCUUCUUUUCCCCCUUUACUGGUUUUGUAAAUGGUUUUUGGUAAUGUGAGCUGCAAAGGAAUGUGAAGAUAAAUGGUGCCCACUGGUGGGAGACCCACAUUCAUAAAAGCAUAGGAUGCUGGCAAACAUCGUGCUCAGAACUUGAUAGCAAUAAUUAAAUAAAAUAGUCAGCAGAGUAUUCCACGUGGCUGCACGGAUUUAAUUAAUAUGAAUUAUUUAUUUGAGCUAUUUAAAGCAUAGAUUUUAAGUGAAUCAGAUUUGUCUUUUUGUUUUUCAAAUCACAUUGGCUAGUUGGCAACCCUUCCCCAAGAUGAGAAAUAAGCUUUGAUGUGACCAGCCAGGCUUUUCCUGCUGUAUAUUAGUACAAUAUCACAAGUGACAAUAUUGGUAUAGAAUUGUCCUUAGGAAAUACAGACACAUCCGAAUGCAAAUUUUGUAGAUACCAUAUCCCCUGAAAUAGCAUUUAUCUUACUGGGUUGACUAGAAGAGUAGAAAACAUAAUAAGACAUGAAAAAGUGUUAUUCCAGUCUGAAUAUUGGCAACAUUGGUCUGCACUUCCCUAGGAAAUAAAACAAAUUUAAAUUUGAUGUAACUCUUGAACUACACACACACACACACACACACACACACACACACACACACACACACACAGGCACAGUCCAUACACAUAUGCACUCACAAACACUCAUCCACACAUGAAAUUGAGUCUACAAUCUCAACUGGAUCAGAGUUUAGUAAUUGCUAUAGUAAAGGCAAUGUCUAUUUCAGGGACUGUAAAGUAGUUUAAGCAUUGUUUCAAAAGUUUUUUAAAACUUAUUUUUUUUAAGGAAAAGGUAUAGACAACCAGCUAAACUGCCUUUUUGGUGUGCACACACAUUUCAUGUGCAGAUGUGCCUCUGUGUAAAUGUACACAUGAACUUUAGUGUGGGCUUAAUUUUCUGUGCUAUAAUAAAAGUGUUUAUUUUUUAUUAGCCUCAUGGAUAUUUAGAUUUAGUGUGAUGGCAUUCACAGGCUUGAAUUCACUGUUACUACUGUUACUGCUCAGAUACAUGAAAAGUGGUCCAGUCACUCCACUCUCAUGGAACUGUGGUUUUUGUUAUGCAUCAAGUGGAGCUUAUCUUUGGCUUGGGGUUCAUUUGAACUCUUGAAUUUUAGUUUAGUGAAAAUGAGAUGUCUGUUCUUAGGUAGGGAAGGUGUUUAUUUAAAACUCAAUUUAAAAAAAGCAGCUACCAUGAGUGGUGUCUACUAAAAAUGGGACACAAAAUUUCCUAUUAAAGUAUGUCUUUGAACAUUUGCUACAUAGUACUUCAAAGAAGCACACAAACGGACUCACUUAUUACACAGAAGUUUACUUUGCUAAAUAUUUUAACAAGUUUGUUAUAUAUUUUAUUUAAAGAGAUCUCUUACAAACUUAUGUAUUUAUUACUAUAAUUUACAUGGCUUCAGUUAAUUUAUUUGUGUUCACAUAGUUUUAUGAAGUGUGUCUAUAUUUAUUUGCCUCCUUGGUAUUUGUGUUUUGUAACAUGCACUAAAUUGUUUUCAUUUCAACUAUGUUAAUGAUUGAUACUGUAAAUUGGGUCUUUUGUAAACAAAACAAACAAUGAUGUAUGCAUUUUUAUUUGAAGUAGUUUGUUUGUAUACUGUUUCUCCAAACAAUAUUUCUUAUAUCAAUGCGACAAAAUUGUGUUCAGUGCUGUACAUUUGGUGUAUGGUAGGAAAUAAAAAUUGAUAAUGAA